UCUCACCACCUACCAUCGUCGCCACGAGAGAGAGAGAGAGAGACGGUGGAGAGAAAGAAAGGGACGAUGAGAGAUGGUGGGAUUGAGUAUUCUCCUCGAAGCCCAGAAGAAUCUUAAGGAAAGCCCACAGGUCAUCAAUAAGACUACCAUGGUGAAACCCAUCCCUUCUCCAUCUUCAACGUCGUCAUCGCUGUAUUCUUCGUCACCUCUCCCGGCGAUUUCGUUUCUUGACGAGUGUUUUCUCUGUAAACAGAGGCUUUUACCCGGCCAUGACAUUUAUAUGUACAGAGGAGAUCGGGCUUUUUGCAGCGUCGAGUGCAGGUGUAGCCAGAUCUUAAUGGACGAAGAAAACAUCAAGAGAGAAAUCUGCUAUCAGGCUGCCAUGAGACCCACAUCGUCGUCGCCAUCGUCGUCGUCGUCAUCCCGUCAUCGCAAAGGAAACAGAAGCCGGGCGGGUGCGUUUGCCUACUGAAAGCAGAACAGAAUCCUUGUCCUAAUUUUGCCAUUUUACCCCUACACAUCUGGUGUAAUCCCCGAGAGACGCUCUUUUUAUCGUUUUCUUUGCUUCCUUAUGAGAAACCAAAAGGUCCCUGAACAAACCCUGCUGCAACUGGCCAGAGCGUGCCCACUGUUUCCCCCUCCCAGACCUUUUUGCAUUUCCAUUUUUCUUCGCUGCCGGAAAGGUACAGGAUAUAUUACUUGUCGGCGAAGUGUAUUUUGCUACUCCUAAUUAUGCUUAAAUCUAAUUAACCCAUGAUUAUUAAU